UCCUGUGCUCACAGGACAUGGGGACAUCAAGAAAAAACAAUGGACAUUCUGCUCGACUUUUUAGCGAAAUGUCGCACUACACACUGCACACUUUGCACCAAAAUAAACGUCAUAAACAAGGAGGCUUUAAACUGCACAUCAUUUUUAAUCAAGUCUAAACUCAAACUUAUCAUAAGUCUUGUGUUCUGCAACACUUGAUGAGUACUAGUUUCUUCAUACCCACCAGGAGUGAUAAGCAGAGUGCUACACCAGAGAGUACUAAGAAACAAGUCACGGUGAAGGUGUCUGAUAAUAACAUAAAGAACACGGGGAAGAAGAAGCCCAGGUCGGCUCAUCCCGAUGUGGACUUGAAUAAAGAAUUUUCAAAAUGUAAAGAAAGAGGUGACACAAGAUUGGACUUGAGUAAACAGUCGAUUCCGUCUCUCCCAAGCUCUCUCAGAGAGUUGACUCAGUUGAGAGAGUUGUAUCUCUAUGGCAACCGUUUAUGUAGCCUACCUCCCGAGAUUGGACAUCUGUGUAAUCUUGAGCAAUUAGCGCUGAAUGAAAACUCACUCACCACCCUACCUACAGAACUCAGUCAUCUUCAUAAAAUGAGAGUGCUGGAUCUCAGACAUAACAAACUAAAAGAAAUCCCAGAGGUUGUUUACUCGUUGGUGUCGCUCACGACCUUGUUUCUAAGGUUUAACCGUAUUACUCACGUUGGAGAACCUCUUCAAAACCUCACGAAACUGACAAUGCUAAGUCUGAGGGAGAAUAAGAUCCAAGCUUUACCCAACGGGAUCGGUAUGCUGGUUCAUCUCAUUACGUUUGAUGUCUCACACAAUCAUCUUAAACAUUUGCCAGAAGAGAUUGGUAACUGUGUCCAGCUUUCAUCACUUGAUCUACAGCACAAUGAGCUAUUAGACUAGCCGCAGUCCAUUGGUAAUCUCAGAGCACUAAGCAGACUGGGUCUUAGGUAUAACCAGUUGACUGGUGUCCCACAGAGCUUGAGCCAAUGUACAGAGUUGGAAGAACUCAACGUAGAAAACAACAAUAUUGCAACAUUACCGGUAAGUUUUCUACUGCAACAGUUGAACUUUUGACUUCUAG